UCUGCCUGCCCAGCUGCUAAUGGUAAUCUACUAUUUUCAGAUAUUGAUUACAAAACCUCCUUAUUGAAGAGGAGAUAAGGGUACUCGAAACAGGUUGGCAGUCUUCCAUGCUUCGCCAUGUUCGCAGGAAAACUAGUUGUACUGCUGACUGAGUUGCUAAGAUGACUCGACAGAGGAAAUAUCCUGUUCAUUGGGUUUUAUGCAUGUCCUCUAAACUUUUGGAUUUGUUAUCUUUAUAAUGUUUCGAUGAGUGGGUUGUAAUUAUGCAAGAACAAAAAAAAAAUGUAUACUAUUUCAGGUAACACUCAGGACAAAAUUAUGCUUAUAGAAAAGCUACAAAAUGAACCUCAAAUACACAUGGAUCUGUUGGAGUCCUGCCGGCCCAACUCUUAAACACACGUUUCUAUCUCAGAAGGCCACGGCAGUUUUGAAGGACAUUUGCUUAUCUGUAGCCUGUAGAGGAGCCAAACGCUACUCUAACGGCUAUCUGCGCUUUCUCAGACAAAGUCUUUUUUUCUGACUGAACAUCUCUUUCUUUUUUUAUCCUUCACUCUCUUGCUUUUUCCUAGGCCUCCAGGAAACUAAACAAAAGCUAUAAUAGAUCACAUAAAAGUCCCUGACUGCCCCACCAUACAUAUCUUAUAUACGACUUUUUUAUUCCUUAAAUAUCAUUUCUUCAUCUUAUUUGAUUCUCUAUCGCGAAUCACUUUAUCAUAUCGUCAUUUGUUUCCUUUUCUUUCUUUUUAUCUUUUACCAUCCACAAAGUAGAAGUGUACUAAAAAAAGUAUUAUUCCAUCACAGCCAUAGUUUUAAUCUCCCCAACACACAUCGAAACAAAACCCAACCUUUCACGACAAUCUCAUCAGCCACUGCUUUGUUUCAAGUCCCUAUAUGUCAUUUUUGUUAACCCACCUCAUCUUCUUAAGAACUGAUCAAAGAUCCAAUCUUUCUCUCCUUGACCUUUUUUUAACAAGGCAGCCAUUGUUGAAUAGACUUGGAAAUAACAUAUCAGGCUCAGGAAGAACCAUCUGACAGCGAUGCUGAAUAUGGGUCUUCUUCCUUUCUACUUCCUCUUUCUUUUCCUUUCCAUUUCCAGUGGUGAGAUCUCAAAUCAAGUGGGAAUAAACUACGGUCAGCUAGGGAACAAUCUACCAUCACCGAAAGAAUCAGUUAAGCUAAUCCAAUCCCUCGGAGCCAAACGUGUCAAAAUCUACGAUGCAAAUCCUCACAUCCUUAACGCUCUCAGAGACACAAAUCUUCAAGUCUCGAUCAUGGUCCCAAACCAACUCAUAACCAAUAUCUCCACCAAUCAAAAACUAGCUGAUUCCUGGGUCGAAUCCAACGUUGUCCCUUUUUACCCCAAAACGAAAAUCCGAUACCUCCUCGUCGGCAACGAAGUCAUCAGCAGUUCCCCUAACGAAACCUGGUACAACAUCGUACCAGCCAUGCGUAAAAUUAAAAAAGCCUUAAAAACCCAUAGGCUCCACAAAAUCAAAGUUAGUACCUCCAUGGCAAUGGAUGUCCUGGAAUCGUCAUUUCCUCCUUCGAACGGCACGUUCCGAUCUGACAUCGCCGUCCCGAUUGUUAAACCGAUGUUACAGUUUUUAAACCGAACCAAAUCCUUCUAUUUCCUCGAUGUUUACACUUAUUUCCCUUGGUCCACCAACCCCAAAAACAUUAACCUCGAUUAUGCGCUUUUCGAAUCCCAAACCAUAAAAUACACCGACCCGGCAUCCAAUUUAACCUAUACCAAUUUGUUUGACCAGAUGGUUGACGCAGUUGUUUUCGCAAUGAAAAAACUCGGGUACCUGGAUGUUCGGAUCUGGAUUGCGGAAACGGGUUGGCCCAAUGCCGGCGAUAUCGACCAAAUCGGAGCCAACAUUUACAAUGCCGCUACUUACAACAGAAAUGUUAUCAAGAGACUAACUGCCAAGCCUGCAAUCGGCACUCCGGCCCGUCCCGGAUGGGUUCUCCCCUCUUUCAUAUUUGCUCUUUAUAAUGAGAACCAGAAACCGGGUCCCGGAACUGAGCGACAUUUCGGGUUGUUGUAUCCUAACGGGUCCUACUUGUACGGGAUCGAUUUGAGUGGAGAGACCCCGGAUUCGGAUUUCGAGCCGUUGCCGAAGCCUGAUAAUAAUGAGCCGUAUAAGGGGAAGAUUUGGUGCGUGGCGGCUAGAGGAGUUAAUGCGAGCGAAUUGGCUUCUGCAUUGUCGUAUGCGUGUUCGCAGGGGAAUAAAACUUGUGACCCGAUUCAACCCGGCAAGAAAUGCUUCAAACCCGAUUCGUUGGUUUGGCGCGCGAGUUACGCGUUUAGUUCUUAUUGGUCUCAGCUUAGAAAUACUGGUGCGACCUGUUAUUUUAACGGCUUGGCUACUCAGACGACUAAGGAUCCAAGUUUUGGACACUGUAAGUUUCCAAGUGUGACUCUUUGAAGUUUGAAGAAGCCUUACUCAGAUUUUAGGAAGUCCUGUCGUACAGUGAUUUGGGUUCCCCUUUGAUUCAUUUAUAUUGAAGAGAAUGUGAGAUAGUAAUACAAAAAACCUCUCUAAUUCAAUCCUGAUUUGGUCUUUUGCAAUUUCAUGAUCAGUAAAAUGGGCAACCAAAUCACUUUGUUGUAAUUUUAAUUGUUAUUUAAUCUUAAUCAUUCUUAUUUGUUAAUGUUAGCUUUAGUCAACAAAGUACAUAUUAUUUGUUGAAAUUUA